GUGCUUCCGGCUGGCGCGGAGGGGAGGGCCGGGACCUCGUGUGAGGGAGCGCGGAGGCCCGGCAGCCUACCCCGCGCCCGCCGGUCCACGCCCGGCCCAGGCUCUCGCUCGCCCGGCGCCCACCGCCCCAGGAUGUUUAAAAAAUUUGAUGAAAAGGAGAAUGUAUCGAACUGUAUCCAGCUGAAGACUUCAGUUAUUAAAGGUAUUAAGAACCAACUGAUAGACCAAUUUCCUGUUAUUGAACCAUGGCUAAACCAAAUUAUGCCAAAGAAAGACCCUGUCAAAAUAGUAAGAUGUCAUGAACAUAUAGAGAUCCUCACUGUGAAUGGAGAAUUGCUGUUCUUUAGACAAAGAGAAGGGAUUUUUUACCCAACUCUAAGAUUACUUCACAAAUAUCCAUUUAUUCUACCACAUCAGCAGGUUGAUAAAGGAGCCAUUAAAUUUGUACUAAGUGGAGCUAAUAUAAUGUGUCCUGGCCUGACGUCUCCUGGAGCAAAACUUUACCCUGCUGCCGUUGAUACUGUUGUUGCAAUAAUGGCAGAGGGAAAACAACAUGCAUUAUGUGUGGGAGUCAUGAAGAUGUCAGCUGAUGACAUUGAGAAGGUCAACAAAGGGAUUGGUAUUGAAAAUAUCCACUAUUUAAAUGAUGGUCUUUGGCAUAUGAAGACAUACAAGUGAAACAAAAGGAGCUGUGUAACUCCAAGGGAAUGCACUUAGGUUAAAUGUGGACUGCUUUGUAAUUCCUCGUUUUUAAUGUGACUGAAUGUACAAAUUACUUUGUUCUGUGGCAAUGCUAAAUAAAACAAGUGAAUGCAAAAGUACUGAUAGGCUACUACAGUUUUCUAGAUUUCUUUUUAUUACAGUUUUUAAUUGGUUUGUCUUAAACCCAAGUCUUCAGUCACUGAAGGUAUCUCGUGGGAAAGAUCCUGCACGGACUGUGAGUAGAAUUUCAAAUAAAAAGGAGGAAAAAGCCAAGGAAUGUUUACAUUUUUAUGCUCCUCUAAAACAGUAAUGUAAAAUGUAUGUGAAAUAUAAUUAGUACAGUUUCUAAAACCUCCAAAACACUUCAGAUUUUUUUUGCAUCUGAUUUAACAUCUCACUAGACUAUCUGUUUACUGAACGUGGAGAAAUGUUUUUUUUUAACUUAAUUUAUUAACAGCAUUAACUUUAGUAUUUUACUUCAGGAAUACUUCUUUUUAAGAAGCAUUUGUCUGUAGGAUUUAAGAACAUAAAGUCAUAUGUGGACUAUAAAGUCUUUUAUCUUAGAUCAUAACUUAAGAAUAUAUAUAAGCUCAAAUUUCUACCUACCAACACUGAUAUAGCUCUCCUUACAGUGGCAUUUACAGCAGUGGUGGUCAUGCUUCAAAUGGAGUAUGUGCCAGUUGGUGCCUGAUGUGCUACUCCCUGUUUGCAUCUUUAGGAGCAGAAACAAAAUCACUGUUCAACAAAGGCAUGAUAGCAAAACAUAGCUCUAGAGCCAAGUGGAGCUUCAAAAGGGAUGUCAGCUUCUGGACACUGCUACACAGGUACACCUGCACAAGUGGAUAGAGAGCACUGUUUGUCUGAGUAAUCCAUCACUUUGUUCAGUGAUUGCAUACCCAAAGCUGUGUCUAUGAAAAACAGACUGUGCCAUGGAAGUAUUUAAUAAACUAAGAAAACAUUAAGGUCUACUGUUCAUAACUGUCUCUGGAAGUAUUUAUUAAUAUUUUAAGUCUCUUUUCUAACACUUGUAUUUUACUAAUGGUAGGGCUUGAUUUCGUGUGCAGUGCCCUGCAUGUUUCAUUUCUGUGACCUUUACAGCAGAUAGUGGCAGAGGUGUUCUCAAUCUAAUUCUGAAGUCAAAUUACAACACGAGAUUCAAGUAUUAACAUGUGCUACUCUUAAAAUACUUCUGCAAAAUUAUUUACAAGACUGCUUUUGAAAAUGAUAAGGUAUAUCUGAAAGUAUACAUGUAAUUGUCACCAUAAUUUUUGUAUGCUAUACCACUAUACUGCAGACAGAAGUUGAGUCAAACCUCAGACCUUCCCUUCAGAGUAAUGGACAUUGUUAUGUAUCUUAAAGACUCUUUUAAAGGCCAUAACUUUACUAAUUUGUUUGUGCUGUGGGGAAUCAGUUUGUGCCUCAGUGGUUCCUCUGUGUAUGAAAGGAGCUAGUCAGUUCUGUGGCUUGCUUUUUCUUCUUCCAUCUUGUCCCUAAAUCUCCUCUGAAACAACUGUGGUAGCCACCUUGGUGCCAUUGUUAAUAAAAAAAUGUUGCUCAGAACAAAAUACUGUUGCUAC